AUGGCCUUGUCGUCCUGGUUCUCUCGCUUACGUUCUUCUUCAAAACCCAUUUACAGUAAUCUUAGAAACUCAGCUUUGCCUAAACAGAGGGCUCAGUCACAUAUCACCGAGGUUCUCAACUCGGAGAAAAAACAAACGCCAAUCCUCUCAUGGGCUAGCUCUUUGCUUCCCAUGGUUCUUGCUGUCUCUACUGGAUCACUUACCCUCCAGUCGCAAAACAACCCAUCACUCUGUGAUUUCUCCAAUCUUGAUCAUAGAGGGAUGAAAUUUGGGGGCGAAGAUAGCACAGAUUAUGACGUGAAGGGUUCUCAUAGGAAGCUUCCACAAGGACUUAUUGAGGAAUUGAAGGCCAUCUGUCAGGAUAAUAUGACAAUGGACUUUGAUGAGAGACACUUGCAUGGAAAACCACAGAACAGCUUUCACAAAGCAGUUAAGCUCCCUGACGUUGUUGUUUUUCCAAGGUCUGAAGAGGAAGUGUCUAAGAUAGUUAAAUCUUGUGAAAAGCAUAAGGUCCCAAUUGUGCCAUAUGGUGGAGCUACAUCCCUUGAGGGCCACACCUUGUCUCCUAAUGGUGGUGUUUGCAUUGACUUGACUUUAAUGAAACGUGUUGUAUCACUACAUGUUGAGGACAUGGAUGUGGUUGUUGAGCCUGGAAUUGGAUGGAUGGAGCUCAAUGAAUAUCUGGAGCCUUAUGGUCUAUUCUUUCCUCUCGAUCCAGAGACAAAUUUAUCUCAAGUUCUAUCUUGCCUUAGUUGUAAUGAGAUGACCCACAUGGAGUUGAUAUGGGACCUUAUCAGUCAGAAGACUGAUUACUUGAGGUUUGUUGAUGGCCGUGGUGUAGAUUGGGAUGAGAAUCUACCCAAUCAAUAA